GGGAACCUUCGAUUUACACCCCUCCGAAAUCCGUUAAUACAUUACCAUACCUUUGAAAUGUCUCCAUCGACAACCUCGUCAGCUGGAAGCGCGGCGACCACAACCAGUGCCAGUGGGGGCGGCGGAGGUGGUUCAAAUGCGACGAGCUCACCUCUCCUGUUCUUCGUUGCUCUCGGAUUUGGCGUCGUCUUCACUAAUUUAUGGAUUAUUGUCGGGGUCAAAUACUGCUUCCGGUACAACCAAAGAAAUCGUCAGCUGCGCAGCGAGGAAACAGGAGAGCCAAUUGACCUAGUGGCCAUGCCUCGUGCCCAUCGCAGACGACGAGAGAAGAAGCUGAUGACGAUGGAUGAAGUCAACGAGCGAUUUCCACUUAUGAAAUACAAAGUAUGGAGGUCGUCUCGUGCCAAUCAAGGCCUUUCAACGGAAGGUGGCAUCACCGCCCCCAAUAGCAGGCCGCAGAGCCUGAAGGAUGAUAACGCGGUCAUCUCUGCUUCGGUCGGCAUUUCCACUACUGCAGGGUCGCCCUCUCCAGACCAAGGGCAGAUGGAUUCCAAUAACAUCCAUGCCCUGGGCCUCGACCCGGGUUCCGAAGCACUUGUGCCGCCAGUGGAAGAGAAGGCGUCCGCAGCAACGGAAUUUUCCUCGACGAAAGGCGAUGCCAACGCCGCAGAAGAGAAAUGGCAGAAUUCCUUGGUCAAUGAACCAAUCGACUUUGAAGAAGAUGAGGAAAGUGAUCAUAUUCGUAAAGCCGUUCCCGCGGAACUGCUUCCAAACCCCGGUGAUUCUUGUGCAAUCUGCCUAGACACCAUUGAGGACGACGACGACGUACGAGGACUCACCUGCGGACAUGCUUUCCAUGCAUCGUGCGUCGAUCCCUGGGUGACCAGCCGGAGAGCCUGCUGUCCUCUGUGCAAAGCUGAUUACUACGUCCCCAAGCCUCGUUCACAAGCAGCUGAGAUAGCAUCCGCUUCUGACCGGCAAGGGCAUCGCGCUGCCUCAAGUCGUCCCGAUAUUAUUGCUAGACCCUCUCGCGCUGCUCGUUCUGGGAUCCAAGCACACCCAUUCGGAGUGCAGAUGGCAUUUCGGGGCCGGAUAUUCCAACCGGCAUCUCUUGAGCGACGUACUGGGUCACCGCCGGCGGAAGAGCGCCCAAGGCAGUUACAUAGCGAACCCCAGGAGGCAAGCGGAUCACCUCAACUGUCUAGCUGGUCACAAUUUCUUCCCGCUCGUCUUCGAGGGCUGUCUUCUCGUACCUCCACCAGAACGGGAGACGGGCCAUUGCCAGAAUCCGAGGCUGCGGAUUCGCAUCGUCGUACUCCGGGCCAGCUUGAAGCUGGUACUUGA